CUGCCCCGCCCCCGCCCGGUGGUGUGGUGUCUUCGCGGCCGCGGCCGGGCGCUCUCGCGAGAUCAGCGUUGGCGCCGUGACCUCCAUGUGAGAGCGGCGGCGCCUGGUAAACACUCCCCGGGGUCGGGAGAUGGCUCCCGGCGGCGCCCGUUAGACCUGGCCGCGGCCGUUCCGGCCAGGCUCCGCCUCGCCUUGUGCUGCUUCGGGGGGCUCGCGGCGCGGGCGAUCGGGGAGCGGCAGGGGGGUCGGCCCGGAUCUCCUUCCCUCUUGCGCGUCUCUCCGAGUGGGGACAGCGGCCCGGCGGGCGGGGGGGUGGGGGGGAGGCUCGUGUCUGUUCCGCGGGAUUUGAAAAUCCUGCCCCACUGAGCCGAACAAAGAGCGGGGGAAGUGCCCGGCCCCCUCCCCUUCUCCGCCGCACGCCGCAGACGCGCUCCCGGGGAGCGGACCCCUCUUCCAGCUCUUACCCCAGCUCUUCCCCCCCCAUUCUGCGCGGCGGGCUGAGCGAGUGGGAGGGCGCGCACCAUGUGGAUCCAGGUCCGCACGAUAGACGGCACCGAGACCCAAACCAUCGACGACCUGAGUCGCCUUACUAAGAUCGAGUGCCUGCGGGAGAAGAUCCAGGAGACCUUCCGCGUGAGCCCCGACCGCCAGCGCCUUUUCUACCGGGGCAAGCAGCUAGAAGAUGGACACACUUUGUUUGACUACAAUGUUGGACUAAAUGACAUAGUUCAGCUUUUGAUACGUUCUGAAUCUGAAGCUCCUACCACAGCUUCUGUGUCAGAUCAGGAUGGAGACGUCAAUCCCUGUGCUGUUUCCAACUGCAAGAAUAAAGUCAAAAAAACAAAUAGUGGAUCACCCAGUCAGCCAUCUACAUCAUCUCGCUCAUUUCUCAUUGAUCCUGGCAUUGGAUUAUACAAGAUAAACGAAUUGGUGGAUGCCCGUGAUGUCAGCAUUGGAGCCUGGUUUGAAGCUCAUAUAGAAAACGUUACUAGAGCAACAAAGGGACAUAAAAAUGGUAAAGCUCAAGGAAAGAGUGGUAACACUUACAAAAGGACUAAUGGAAACUUAAGUCAAGAUCAUUCUAGAGAAAAUGCAAAUAAUUUGGACAGUACGCCAUCCACAUCUUAUUCAGACUGUAUGGACGCUGGUGAAGAAGCUAUUUAUCAUAUCAAGUAUGACGAGUACCCAGAGAAUGGCAUAGUAGAAAUGGACACCAGUAACCUUCGACCCCGAGCAAGAACCAUUCUGAAGUGGAGUGAACUGAAAGUGGGUGAUGUGGUGAUGGUUAACUACAAUGUUGAGACUCCAGAAGAAAGAGGAUUUUGGUUUGAUGCAGAAAUUACCUCUUUGAGAGAAAUCUCAAGGACUAACAAAGAGGUUCAUGCUAAAAUUCUGCUGGGAGGCCCAGAAGACACAAUAAAUGAUUGUAAAAUCCUUUUUAUAGAGGAAAUGUACAAGAUUGAAAAGCCAGGAGCCUAUCCAUUGACAUUUGGGGAUGGAGAUUUCAAAAGAAAAAGUGGCCCUGAAUGCAAGCACUGUAGGGCUGAUCCAGAUAAGGAGUGCCGUUUUUGUUCAUGUUAUUUGUGUGGUGGAAAACAGGAUGCUCACAUGCAACUCCUGUGUGAUGAAUGUAAUAUGGCUUAUCAUAUAUACUGCCUGAACCCUCCCUUAAGCAAGAUACCAGAAGAUGAGGACUGGUAUUGUCCUUCCUGCAAAAAUGAUUCUAAUGAAGUUGUAAAGGCUGGAGAAAAACUCAAACAGAGUAAAAAGAAAGCAAAGAUGCCAUCUGCCAGUACUGAAAGCCAGAGAGACUGGGGCAAGGGCAUGGCCUGUGUUGGUCGCACCAAGGAAUGUACUAUUGUUCCAUCAAAUCAUUAUGGACCUAUACCUGGUGUUCCUGUUGGGACAACCUGGAAGUUCAGAGUUCAGGUGAGCGAAGCAGGUGUUCACAGACCACAUGUGGGUGGAAUCCAUGGACGCAGUAAUGAUGGAGCUUAUUCACUUGUAUUAGCUGGAGGAUUUGAAGAUGAAGUGGAUCGAGGAGAUGAAUUCACUUACACUGGGAGUGGAGGUAGAGAUCUUUCUGGCAAUAAAAGGAUUGGAGAACAUUCAUUUGAUCAGACAUUAACACACAUGAAUAGGGCAUUGGCCCUUAACUGUGAUGCCCCACUGGAUGACAAAAAUGGAGCAGAGUCUAAGAACUGGAGAGCUGGUAAGCCAGUCAGAGUAGUGCGCAGUUCAAAAGGACGGCGAAUCAGCAAAUAUGCCCCAGAGGAAGGCAACAGAUAUGAUGGCAUUUACAAGGUGGUAAAAUACUGGCCAGAAAUUGGAAAAUGUGGAUUUUUAGUUUGGCGUUAUCUUUUGAGGAGAGAUGACGUUGAGCCUGCACCUUGGACUUCAGAAGGAAUGGAGCGCUCAAAGAAACUGGGUCUAAGUGUACAGUAUCCAGAAGGUUAUUUGGAAGCCAUGGCUAGUAAGGAGAAGAAAGAUAAGGUUAAAAAGCAAACUGUGAAACAGGAGCCGACCAGCCAGAGCAAUGGAAACCAGAAAAGGACAAUUGAUGAUGGUAUAGAGGAACCUAUGAAUACACCCAAAGCCAUGAGGAUGGGAGAUGGAGGGAAAGGAGAGGCUUUCCAGCUGACCCAAGAGCAGCAAUGGCUGAUUAGAGAAGACACUAUGAACCAGAAACUGUGGGAUGAAGUACUUGCUUUUCUUAAGGAAGGACCAAAUUUUCUGAAGAAACUGGAACAAUCCUUUAUGUGUGUUUGCUGCCAGGAGCUGGUUUACCAGCCAGUGACAACAGAGUGCCUCCACAACGUCUGUAAAAGUUGUUUACAGCGCUCUUUCAGAGCUGAAGUCUUCAGCUGCCCUGCCUGCCGCUAUGACCUGGGAAAAGGCUACACCAUGGUUCCCAACAAGAUACUGCAGACACUACUGGACCAGUUCUUCCCUGGUUACAGUAAAGGACGAUGAUGUGCUCAGAUUCUUCUGUACUUCACCCAAUGACUUUAAGAGAGUAAAGGGGAAUAAACAUCGGAAAUUCAACAGUGGACCAGCCACCUUGAUGGGACUCAAUAUAUUGUCACAUUUUGAAGCAGCUAACCCUCUUCCCAUCAUGGCCAUCUCUUUGGUGUAGUGAGAACUCUAAUUCUUAGCUGUCUUUUAACAUCAAGGGUAGUUUUGGCCAGUUAAAAAAAUAGUUUUUAAAGAAAAAAAAGAAGAAGAAGAAGAAGAAAAGCCUCAGCUCUUACUGGCCUAGCUGAUGCUUAAUUUAUGAUUUGUUUUUUUGUAACUACCUCAGGACAGAGGAAAAUACAUUGUGGGGAUAACGAAACUUAGUGGAGUUUUAGCUACACACUGCCUCCUCAAUAUUAGUUGUGCCUGGUCCAUGUGGUUUGAUUUACAAAAAAAAAACCCAACAAAACCAACCAACCCAAACCAAAACAAAAACCCACAAAAAAUGGCAAAAACUCCCGUAAACAGCACUUAAGCCAGCUGGAUUAAAGAACAGCAAAUUCUGUGGUGUGCAUAAUCCUUUUUUGUCUUUUUCUUCUAUUAUGCUGUAUUUUUUUGCAAGAACAGGCUGAUUUUUAGUCUAUUUUUGUGAGCUUCAUUGUGCUUUUCUUGUAUCUUAUGCAAGUUGACUACUAAUGACUAAUGAGAACAAUAUGAAUGCAUUGUUGCUGCGUUAGUGUAAAGUGAUCUGUGUUUUUUGCACUUAAAGAGGGUAUUCAAGACACUCUAGUUGUGUAAAAACUAGUUCAUAUAAAAAGGCCACUUCUGUAUUAGUUACAGUGUAUGCUUUUAGUAGGUCUUGUAUCAGUGGCAAUACAUCUACAUGGCAUUGAAGGCAGUGCUAGCUUGGAGAGGGUUCAAAUCGCUUCAUAUUGUGAUCUGAAAUUUUAUAUACAAUAUAUCUCCCCCAAAUAUACCUUAUUAAAUAUUUUAUGAUUCAGAAAAGUUGCUAAUUUUGUUUUUAAUAUUAUCCACUUACUUAAAAUGUAACACUUUAUAGAAAUUUUUUUCAGAUUAGUGGGCCGCUUAUUUUUCAGAUGUGAGGCUUUAUAUUCCUUAACUCAUUUCUCAAUGAAAAAAAUAUUAUUAAUUAAGAAAAAAUCCCAACCUGACACCACUGUCUGUGGGCUUACACAUACUCAGUAGCAGCAGCUGUCAUGUAGCUACUCUGGUCUCUACUGAGCAUCUGGAGGAAGCUUGUUAGUGCUUAGUCCAUGUACUAGAAUUGAAGGGAGCCCUUCCUGCCCUGCCAGCGCUGGCAGUGCUGGUGCCAGAGCCACUCAGGCUGGGAGCUGUGGGUGCCCCACACAGCGGUUGGUCAGAUCCCCAACCACAGGCAUGGGGCUGCACUGACAGCCUGUAGCCUGCAAAGUAGCCAUGCAUAGAAGUUUAUACAGGAGUAUAUAUGUCUUAGUAAUUUAAGAUACUGCCCUUACCCUAGUGUGGUGAUGAACUGGUCAUUGAGAUGCACAUGGCAGUGCUGGUUUUUGUACCUGACAGUUGGAUUUAAUGGCUUAUUCACCCGCAAUAAGUAACCUCUCUCUCUCCCCACUCUCCCACCCCCUUCCUGUUUAGGGUUUCAGUUGUAUCCGAAAUACAUAAUGCAGGUGCUGUCACUCUUUGUCAUUUAUCAAAAAACCAGGCAUUGCUGAACAGCUUUGAAAGAAGGAAAUCCUCAGCUUUUUCUGUGCUUCCUAGACUGAGGGUUCAGCCGUUGUUGUAGGUGAAUUGAUAUCAGUGUUAAGCAUACAGUUUACAAGAGCUAUAGACAGGUUCUUAUAUCUUGUUGCACUUUUAUGUUUUACAAAAUGGUAGUGGCUUAGUAUCUUAUGGGGAAAAGAGAUGUAAUUUUACCUUUGUAACAAUCAUUGCAUCUGUGCAGUAAGCACCUAAGACUUGUGGCUUUUUACUUUAUAGUUGAGUGCUGUGAAAUACUUUACACCUUGUAAUGUUUCUUUUUUCCAUUUAAUAGCUUUUAUCAAUUGACAAGAUAAAUCUGUCAGUUUGGAGAAUCAAUGAACAUGAAACUGCCUUUAACAAACAUUAAAGUAGUUUGACAAGA